CAAAAAAAUAUCUGUGUUUUUCUAAGAAACGCUUCAACCUUCCAACAGCGUUUCUUUUAGUUAUUGGUCAGACAUACAAAGUUUCUAGCGAGCUGUUGUUUGUGUGUUUUUAACGAUAUAUAUAUUUUUUUCCGUUGUCGGAAUCUCCAGCGUUACGUGACAGUUCUUAAAUUGGAUUAGUGCUAAAUUAAGCCAGUGUUGAAUGGUGGUUUAGCCAACUUGCUAGUUAGCGAGACGAGCUGUUGUGUCUGCCAACUAGAACAUUUACGUUUUGAACUUUCUAGUUUAGACAUAUGUGUGUAAUUUGCAUGCAAGCCUGGCUAGCUGACGGAACAUUUUAAGAGGUGGAGAGUAAUGUUAUACAAGUCUGCAUGUGUUGGCCUCCACAGUUUAAGGGUGUGUGCUAACGUUACAGAUCUUAAUAGACCUACCUGCUAAGUAACUAUCAGACUGCGUAAAAGUCACUAGGUUAACAUGGAUAGUUACAGCCAGCGGUUUGAAACCACAACAACACGAGAAGUGAAAUCUCAAAAGAAGAAAGGAUCAUCUCAUCACAGCACAUCGUGUUACGAUGAAGGAGACCGCAAACCAAAGUUUCACUUGCCCUUUAAAAACAUCACAGAUGAUGUGCUGGACAGAUUUGCCAGUAUUCGAAUCCCAGGUAGUAAAAAGGAGCGGCCACCCUUAACACAAUUCAAACACAACACGAGUGAUUGGUCGACUUCUUCGUCAUCCACUCUGCAUCAUUUUGAGGAGCUAUCCUCAAAGAUCACCUCAGAAAAAGAAAUCUUGGCGCUGUUUGAAAAGAUGAUGGAGGAUAUGAACUUGAAUGAAGACAAAAAGACUCCUUUAAGGGAAAAAGACCUCAACACAAAGCGAGAAAUGGUCACCCAGUAUAUUUUUGCAGCUUCCAAAACUGGUAGCCUGAGAAACAGCCAUCAGAUAUCUCCCCAGGAAUUCCUUGGUGAGCUGAAGUCAGGGGUGAUGGAUGAACGCCUGUUUGCCUGUCUGGACUCAUUGCGUGUGUCCCUUACCAGCAACCCAGUCAGCUGGGUGCAGAGCUUUGGGCAUGAGGGCCUUGGCUUGCUGCUGGACAUUUUGGAGAAGUUGCUUUUCAAGAAACAGCAAGAGAAGAUUGACAAAAAGAACCAACAUAAGGUUGUCCAGUGUCUCAAAGCCUUCAUGAACAAUAAGUAUGGCUUGGAUCGAAUUCUGGGGGAGGAGAAAAGUCUUGCUUUACUGGCAAGAGCCAUCGAUCCUACCCAGCCUGCAAUGAUGACCGACGUGGUGAAGCUGCUGUCGGCCAUCUGCAUUGUAGGAGAGGAGAACACUUUGGAGAAGGUCCUUGAGGCCAUUACCACAGCAGGGGAAUGGCGAGUCAUUGAAAGGUUCAGUCCCAUUGUGCAAGGACUUCGAGAUCGCUCCGUUCAGUUACAAGUGGCCUGCAUGCAGCUCAUCAACGCCCUAGUAACAUCUCCUGAUGAGCUGGACUUCAGGCUGCACAUUAGAAAUGAAUUUAUGCGCUGUGGCCUCAAAGAGAUAUUGCCGCAACUAGCAACCAUCAGGAAUGAGGCCCUUGACAUUCAGCUGAAGGUAUUUGAGGAGCAUAAAGAGGAGGACAUGAUGGAAUUCUCUCACAGAUUGGAGGACAUCCGGAGUGAGCUUGAUGAUGCGGGGGAUGUUUUCAGUAUUGUGCAGAGCAUGGUGAAGGACAGCAGCGCAGAGCCCUAUUUCCUUUCCAUCCUGCAGCACCUGAUGCUUAUACGAAAUGACUACUUGGUCAGGCCCCAGUACUUUAAGGUUAUUGAGGAGUGUGUUUCUCAAAUCGUACUGCACCGCAGUGGUACUGACCCAGACUUUGGUUACCGCAAGCGCCUCGAUGUUGACUUCAGCCACCUCUUAGAGGUGUGUGUGGAUAAAGCUCGAAUUGAUGAGUAUGAACAAAGAGCUUUGGAGCUGGCACAGAAGUUUGAUGAAGAAUUCUUAAGCAGACAAGAGGCACAAACUCAGCUGGUGAAGUGUGAAGAAAAAAUAGCUGAACUCCAAACAGAGCUACAGGCCUUCAAGUCCCAGUUUGGAGCUGUUCCGGUGGGCCUGACCUCUGCGCAGAGUGUCCAGCCAUCAUCUUCCUCCUCAUUACCAUCUGGCCCUCAAAACUCUGCACCUGCACCGGGGGUGCCAGCUCCCCCUCCUCCUCCUCCUCCCCCACCUCCUCUGCCUGGCUGUCCUGCCCCACCUCCUCCACCUGGAAUGCCUCCUCCAUUCGGUGCCCCCCCUCCACCUCCUCCAGGGUUUGCUCUAGGCUCCCCCACUCACCACACACUGCCUUAUGGCCUCAGGCCUAAGAGGGAGUUCAAGCCUGAGAUCUCCAUGAAGCGCCUCAACUGGUCCAAGAUUCGCCCCCAGGAAAUGUCAGAGGCAUGUUUCUGGGUGUUGGCUGAUGAGGACCAGUAUGCAAAACCAGAACUGCUUGACAGAGUUGCUCUUACCUUUGGCUCACAAAGAACAGAAAUAAAAGCCAAAAAAGAAGAGGAGGAUCUGGAGGAUAAGAAAUCCAUUAAGAAGAGAAUUAAAGAGCUCAAAGUUCUCGAGCCCAAGAUUGCACAGAAUCUGUCCAUCUUCCUGGGUUCCUUCCGUAUGCCUUAUCAGGAAAUACGUCGCAUGAUAGUGGAGGUGGAUGAGGAACAGCUCACUGAACCCAUGAUCCAGAACCUUGUAAAGCACCUACCAGAGCAGGAGCAGCUGAAUGCACUGGCCAAGUACGAAAAUGAGUACUCUAAUUUGUCGGAGCCUGAGCAGUUUGGGGUUGUGAUGAGCAGCCUGAAGCGGCUGCGACCUCGCCUCAGCCACAUCCUGUUUCGACUCCAGUUUGAGGAGCAGAUAAACAAUCUACGCCCAGAUAUCCUGGCAGUAAAUACAGCAUGUGAAGAGGUCAGGAAGAGCCGCUCUUUCGGCCGCUUACUGGAGCUUGUGCUGCUGCUGGGGAAUUACAUGAAUGCAGGCUCUCGAAACGCCCAGUCCUACGGCUUCGACCUCAGUUCUCUUUGUAAGCUGAAAGACACAAAGUCUGCAGACCAGAAGACAACAUUACUUCACUUCUUAGCAGAAGUUUGUGAGGAGGAGUUUCCCGAUGUGAUCAAGUUUGUUGACGACCUUGAGCAUGUGGAUCGAGCAAGCAGAGUGUCUGCAGAGAAUCUGGAAAAGAGCCUCAGGCAGAUGGAGAGGCAGCUGCUGCAGCUGGAGAGAGACCUGGAGACUUUCUCCUCCCCUGAUGACCCUAACGACAUGUUUUUCGCCAAAAUGGCUAGCUUCAGCACAGUUGCACGGGAGCAGUAUGGCAAGCUGGUGAUCAUGCACAGCAAUAUGGAGACUUUGUAUCAAAACAUGCUGGAAUACUUUGCUGUUGAUCCCAAGAAGACGUCUGUUGAAGAGGUGUUCACUGACCUCAGCAACUUCCGCUCCAUGUUCACUCAAGCUCUGAAGGAGAACUUCAGGCGAAGGGAGUUAGAAGAGAAACAGAGGAGAGCACGGGCAGCAAAGGAGAAGGCCGAGCGGGAAAAGCAGGAAAGACAGCAGAAGAAGAGGAGGUUACUGGAAGUCAAUGCAGAGAAUGAUGAGACAGGUGUGAUGGAUAGUUUGCUGGAAGCCCUGCAGUCAGGAGCUGCAUUCAGAGAUCGCAGGAAGAGAGUGCCAAGACCCAGAGAUAACCAGCAGCAGAUGAUCAGCCCCAGCUCCUUCCGCCAGGUUCUCAGGCCAGUUAACCACGAAAACAAGGCACCUUUACAAAGGUCUCGCUCGCGGCAGAAUGUAAAUGCGAGCUCGGCGGUGGCGAAAGCUCCUCCUGCCAAGGAGGCUCGUAAUGAGUCUGAGGGCCAUCCAUCUGCAGCCAGGAUCAAGGCAUCUGCAAGCUCAGAGUCAGGCCGUAGGAACAGGAACGCUCCUGGUCAUGUCUAUGGGCUGGACAGAGAGAGGGUGGUGGAGAGGGAGAUGGUCAGAGUGAUGGAAAAAGAGACGGAUGUCGACGAGGAGGCUCCCGCCUUUCAGCCAUCCUCCUCUGGUCCUGCAGUCAGCAGCUGUGACGCCAAUGGAGAGGCAGAUGUAGAGGCUCUCCUGGCCAAACUCAGAGCUUUGUGAGGUUUGUUUCUCAACACAGAAAUAAUAAACACCACAUGGUGUGUUUUCUGCUCCACAGAUGAUCCGAAUGUUUCCAAAAGAUCUUCAUGGUUCUUUUCCUUUUUUUCAGUAACAAAGUACAUACGCAAAAAGAGUCAGACAUUCCUGCAAAUUAUAGACAUUAUUAAUAUUUUAAAGAAACAGCUGGUCACUUUUUAAGUCUCUGAAUAUCCUACAAAGUUCCCCAUGAAGGGACUGAUUUUCAAAAAAUACUCAAGCACAUUAGUGUCACAGAUUAUAAUUCAAAAGGGAAAAAAAGGACCCAGAAAGAUUCAGCAGAAUAUGAUCCAGCAAAGUGCACUGCCAAUAACACUUGGCCGUACCACAUUCAUCCCAAACAAGAAGGCAAUUCUUCAUAAAGCUGCAGCAUUGCUGAGCACUUUUUCUUACUUAGGAGUAUGCAACAUGAUAAAAAAAAAACCUUCAGAUGAGCAUUUUUACACCUUAACUACAUUACUUAUUUUCAUAAGCAUGUUAGUAGUCAUUUACAAGUAAAGACUUUAAACAUAUAUCCACAUCUACUUUGAUUUAUAACAUGUUUAUAAUUCCGUUUCUUUUAAAGGUUUUUUUUUAAUUUUGUUUCCUGCAUGUUUUUGUUUUUAUAUAUAUUCAGUGUAUUGGCCUAAUUGUAUGAAAAAUCUCUAAAACCACAAAUAAAUCUAUAAAAAUAAUUUAAUCUAUGAUUAUCCUUUUUAAAGGUAUUAUAAUAGUCAGACGUUUAUUAUAGUUUAUUGACUAGACUAGUUUAUUAUCUGUGUGAGACAGAACAUUUACAAACAAUCAGACAUCAAUUAUUGUAAAAGGGAAUAAAAUAUUGUCUAAAUGUACAAAGAAGCAAAAUCAUCAGAAAUGAUGCAGUUUGUCUUCAACAUUCCCUCUGAGUCCUCGUAUGUUACGCUUCUUUGUUGUCUUUAUUUGUACUCAUUUUAUAGAAACAUUUACAAUAAAAUAAAUGUAAAUUCUU